AUGCCGACCCUUCCUGCCUCUGCAGAUGCCGCUCAUAGUCUCGUCAUCGCGUCCAUCUGCCGUCGCUGGCGGCGUCUCGCUCAGAGGCAUGUUUCGACGCUUCUCGUCAAAGAAGACCGCGUAGUUUCUCGUCAGGAUGUCCUCACCGCCGUCGCUUGCUUCCCGAAUUUAACCCACCUGCAUCUGUCGGACGGAAGUGUUGAAACGCUGGACAACUCAUUUCUAGCUGACCUCGCCUCCUCAUGUCCUGGGUUGAGAGCGCUGCACGUGGGCAAGUUGAUGAUGGCAGCGGACGACAGACAGCAUGGAAGGAGGGACCGCUUUAUAACCGAAUCUGGUUUGGACUAUUUCUUCCGUCACUGCCCUCAGCUAGAGCAGCUGUCGCUCCGCCUUUCGUCCCUCACUGCUCUCUCCAUUGAAGCCUCCUCUCUUCACUACGACCAGCUUUCCAGCCUCCUUCAACUCACCAACCUCAUCCGCCUCUCCUUGCCGGAUGACAUUCGCGUCGUUUCACCAGAUCCUCCUGCCUUCUCGCUCGCCCAGCUACCCUCUCUCGAGUCUCUCAAGUUUGGACUGCACGGUGCUCAGUUCAGCAUUUUUCCCCCUCUUAGAUCGCCAUACAGCUUCCUGAAACGCCUGCAGCUUAACGAGUGCUUCAGCCAAGAGCGGAUUCCAGACAGUGUAGGAGAGGUGCUGCCACGCCUCCAAGAGCUCAGCAUCAGCGGCCAAAGCUUCAGGGACUUGACUGAUCAUUUCACCUCCCUCACCUGCUUGGAGAGCUUGACCAUUUCCUCAGGCCUCGUACUCACUCUACCUGAAAACUUUGGGAAUCUUCCAGCUUUGAAGGCGCUGUUGCUGCAGGAGCAACCGCUUUGCCAUCUCCCGGCUUCCUUCACUAGACUCGCAUCGCUGGAGUCGUUUUGCCUGCGUGACUGCAUGGGGGUGGAGAAGCUACCUGCAGGGUUUGGCAACCUCACUGCACUGCAGACUCUCAGCCUUGCGUGGCUGAUGAAACUGGACCUUCGAGAAGACUUGGGGGGGCUGACCAAUCUUCAAAUCUUCCAUCUCAUUAAAAACAGGGAAGAGCAGCUGCCAUCGUCAUUCACGCAACUGGCUUCGCUGACCAGGUUGGAGCUAGAUCGGUGCGCGAUUGCCGAGCUUCCUGCGGGGAUGGCAGAGAUGACAAACCUGCAGGAGCUCCACAUUCUGAAGUGUCCGGCCUUCAAGGAGCUUCCGGAAUGUGUGACGGCGCUCACCAGCCUUCAAUUGCUGAGGAUUCAAGAGUGUCGCCGUCUCUCAUCGGUUCCCAGGAGGCUGGACAGCCUUACUAGGCUGAAGCAGUUGGAGCUGAGGGGAUGUUGGCUGCUGAGAGAAGCCCCUCAAGCUCUGCCUCUCACUCUCCAGGCGCUAUCCUACUUGGAAAACAGUCAGCACGUGGUGUCUCCGACAAACAUUUCAAGGCUCACUGAGCUCAGGAUAUUGCUCUUGGGCACCGUGCGUGCACCAUUUCUUGAGGCCAUGGGUGCCAGCCUCUCUGGUCUCUCUCAUGUGGAGCACCUGGAAGUGGGGCUGGGAGAAGAUGCAGAGGAGCUUCUGACCGUGUUGACAAGGCUUCCCCGCCUUCAUACCUUGACACUCCAGGAGGCUCGCAGCUUGGACAUGCUGGUGGAGUCUGGCGGCUCGGCAUUGCAGGAGCUACGACAGCUGAACAUCAGAACCAUGUAUGAAGAACUCGCAGAGCUGCCUGCGGCCAUCACCACUCUCCACCACCUGACAUCCAUUCAGAUCCAUGCCCGGAUGUUAUCUUCCCUUCCAGAUAUCUUGGGGGCAUUCUCAAGGCUGCGCAGGCUGGAAUUAUCCCACUGCUCAUCCCUCACGCGUCUCCUUGCUUCCCUCACGCAGCUCUCCUGCCUGCAUUAUCUGAACCUCAGCUACACCAGCAUCUGCAUGCUUCCUCCUAACUUUGCUCGGCUCAGCAGACUCAAGAAGCUCAAUAUCUCUAACUGCAAGCACCUCGAAGCACUACCUGACGACAUAUAUAAUCUCAGAAUGCUCGAGCGUUUUUCUACUGUGGGGUGUGAUAUGCUCCAGCGCUGA